GAGAGAGAGAGAGAGAGAGAGGUGCACGGGACAGGGGCACACCGGUCGGACUCGGAAGUCGCGAGGAUGGAGAUCCGUCCGGACCGCUUUAAGGCUCAGGCAGGAAAAACUUUGGGAAAAAUACACAGACUCCUGGAGAAACGGCAGGAGAAUGGCGAGACUAUCGAGCUGUCAGCGGAGGGCCGCCCGGAGCUGGUGGAAGAGAAGGAGCUUCCCAUCGUGGACUGCACGUGUUUUGGGUUGCCACGUCGUUACAUCAUCGCCAUCCUGUCAGGCCUGGGCUUCUGCAUCUCGUUCGGCAUCCGCUGUAACCUGGGUGUGGCCAUCGUCAGCAUGGUCAAUGACCACACCGUUUAUUACGGAAAGAAACCUGUCAUAGUGGCUGCUCAGUUCACAUGGGACCCUGAGACAGUAGGGAUGAUACACGGCUCAUUCUUCUGGGGUUACAUCGUCACACAGAUACCUGGGGGAUUCAUCUGUCAAAAGUUUGCCGCCAACAGGGUGUUUGGCUUUGCCAUUGUGGCCACGUCGACGCUGAAUAUGCUGAUCCCAGCAGCAGCUAGAGCUCACUAUGGCUGUGUUAUCAUGGUCAGGAUUUGCCAGGGACUUGUGGAGGGUGUGUCAUAUCCUGCAUGUCAUGGCAUCUGGGCCAAAUGGGCUCCGCCCCUUGAAAGAAGUCGAUUGGCAACAACAGCAUUCUGUGGUUCAUAUGCCGGAGCUGUUGUUGCAAUGCCUUUGGCUGGAGUCUUGGUCCAGUACACCGGAUGGUCCUCAGUGUUUUAUGUGUAUGGGAGUGUUGGGAUAUUUUGGUAUCUCUUCUGGAUUUUAGUUUCCUAUGAGAGUCCAGCUGCUCACCCAACCAUCUCACCAGAGGAGAGGAAGUACAUAGAGGACGCCAUCGGGGAAACUGCCGGCCUGGUCAACCCUCUGCAGAAAUUUAAAACUCCCUGGCGGCACUUCUUUACCUCCAUGCCGGUGUAUGCCAUCAUCGUGGCCAACUUCUGCAGAAGCUGGACCUUCUACCUGCUCCUCAUCAGCCAGCCCGCUUACUUCGAGGAGGUGUUUGGCUUUGAAAUCAGCAAGGUGGGGAUGGUGUCUGCACUUCCUCAUUUAGUGAUGACCAUUAUCGUGCCAAUUGGAGGACAACUUGCUGACUACCUGAGAACACAUAAUUUAAUGACCACAACGAAUGUCCGUAAACUCAUGAACUGUGGAGGGUUUGGAAUGGAAGCCACUCUACUCUUGGUUGUUGGUUUCUCACAUACCAAAGUAAUAGCUAUUUCUUUCCUUGUACUGGCGGUUGGUUUCAGUGGAUUUGCUAUUUCAGGGUUUAAUGUGAAUCAUCUUGACAUUGCUCCACGUUAUGCCAGCAUCCUGAUGGGAAUCUCCAAUGGAGUGGGAACUUUGUCAGGAAUGGUGUGUCCUAUCAUAGUUGGAGCCAUGACCAAACAUAAGACACGUGAAGAGUGGCAGUAUGUCUUCCUCAUCGCAUCACUGGUGCAUUAUGGGGGUGUGAUCUUUUAUGGGAUCUUUGCAUCAGGUGAGAAGCAGCCAUGGGCGGAUGCUGAGAAUACCAGUGAGGAGAAGUGUGGCAUUCUGGGAGAGGACGAACUGGCCAAUGAAACAGAAGAGCUGUACAGGACUGGAGGACAGUAUGGGGCUAUAAACAAUCCCCAUUCUGGUGGUCCCAACGGAGGAGGUGCUGGGGUAGGAUGGGUAUCAGAUUGGGAUAAAACAGAAGAAUAUGUUCAACCGGUCGGGACAAACAGCUAUUUAUAUGGCGGAGAGGGAGAGAGAGAGUUCACAUAGUGAG